AUGAACAGAAUUAUCAGCACAUAUGGAAAACCCACAAUCCAGGUGGGAGGCACAAAUGAACACACAUAAAGAGCAAACCAAGCCGGGGAACUGGAUACUGCUGCACAAACACUGUGAAUGUGCAAUACUUCUUCGAGGGAUAUAUAAACGGUGACAUUUGAAGCAGUAGGACACCUCCACCGCGAAGAUCCAGUGUAGAAAAUGUCUGCAACCAAUUCCAAACAAGAUUUUGAUGGCAAGGAGUUUAAUACUCUUUUUUCCCAUGGGAAGAGCUGUAAAAUCGAAGAAAGCAUGUGCUUUUCUACAAGGACCAUCAAUGAGAUGGCUUCCACAGGGCAGCUGAAAAGAGACAAGUUACUUGAUAUCAGUGUUGGGCCCCUAAUCUACCAACUCUUUGCACUCAGCGAUAUUUUCAAAGAGAUCUAUGUUGUGCAGAUGAAUGAUGCCAGCUUCACACACUUCAAGCAAUGGAUGGACAAGGACGACAAAGCCACUGAUUUGUCACAUGCUCCCAAACGAGUCUGCCAUCUUGAGGGUAACAGACAAGAAUGGAAGGAGAAGGAAGACCAGGUGAGAAAAACAAUAAAAGGGGUUUAUAAGUGGGAAAACCAUGAAACCACAGGCCUGGAUCCUGAGGUGGUGCCACAGGUGGAUGCUGUCCUCAGUCAUUGGACAUUAAAUGUCAUCAGUAAAAAUGAAGAAGACUACCAGAGGAACCUGAAGGGAGCCACGUCUAGACUGAAACUUGGAGGCCAGCUGCUGCUGUUUACGCCCCUGAACAUGACCUUCUACGAUGUGGGCAACGAUCGCUAUUCCUCCCUCUCCAUGAACGAGACAGAAGUGCAUGAUCACGUGAAAAAAGCCGGUUUCCACAUUGAAAAGUCAUCUGUCAUUAAAUCUGUGGAGCCCAGUGAUAAUGUUGACUACAGCCAUUUGGGUUUUGUCCUUGCUCGCAAAGUAGAAUAAGCCUGAAAACCAAAGCCUAGAGAUCUCCUCUCACCGUGGUGAACCAAACAUUAUUAAAAUGUAUAAUACAUUUUGCCAUUUCCUGAAA